GUGCGCGAUCAAUCUUAUUCUCUUCUUAUUGUAAAGUGCAAUUUUGUUACAGCAUAAUCUAAAAUAGUGAAAAUUUCCAAGAAAUCGUUUUAGAAUUAUUAAACAAGUGAAGUAGCAAGAACGCGUGUCUCAUAUAAUCGUUAUAAAGUUAAAAAUAAACAAACGAAAAAAAAAAUUGAGAGUGUGUGAAGAUUUCAUCAUACAACAAUAAAAUUUUUUUUUGUAAAAAAUGUAUUAGAUGAGAUAUUAAACAGAUAUUGUCUCUCGUAUUGAAUCAAACGCAGUUGAAUCUAUUGACAACAUAACAACCGAAGACAACAUAAUAUUGCUAAGAAUCCCUCAAGUUACUCACCGUAUAUUAUUACCUGUUACUUCUGAUACAUCUGACAAGUGCACGUCCUACACAUCUCUUUCGAACAAUGCCAGAGCAUCAUCACACGGAUUACGAGACGAUUCUCGCGUUGUGCGAACGAAUUCCCAAAAAUGCUACCAAAUCCGAGAUCAAUCUGGAAAAUCUGAGGAAAAUGCUCGAAAGUACUAUCAACACGUCGAAAAUUGUGUUGCACGAAGCUCAUAAAAAUGGAAACGAAUUUGUAAAAGUUUACGAAGGAGAUGAAGGAAAUUUGACGGCGUAUCACGAAACAUGGAAAAACAAGAAACCCGAAGACUUUGAGUUGGGCUGGAUUUAUCCCAAUAACAAACGACUCCCAAAGAAUUAUCAGGAAGACAUUGCUGCAGAAUUUCGGAAUGAAUUGAAAUCAGGCGAUAUUAAAUCUAACGCAACUCAACUUCUCGCCGAAUCAUAUGUUCGCAUCCAAUACUUGUAUCAUGGCUUAUGGAAAGUCCUUCAAGUUGUCGAUCGUGACGGUCACAAAAUCCCUAAUCAAGAAGCCCUCAGUAAACUCCGUAAAAUCUUCGAAAAUGCCAUCGAAAAGGCAGAAAGUGUAAAAACUGCUGUAAAAGACUUCUUGAAGGAAAUUACGUUGUGCGAAGAGAUUGCUGAGAUGUUAGAAGUGCCGGAAGACGUUAUUCGCGAUUUCGAGUAUGAAGAAACACGCAGCUGGAUUGUCUUCCGCGAGUAUGCAAAUCAGUUGGAGUUCAAUAUUCAGGCAUUCCAAACGUUGGUCGAUCGCAUCGUGGAGGAGCAAAGUGCACAACAAUGACGGAAAAAUUGGCAACAUUUCAUGAAAAAACGCGUCCUUAAACUGAACAUAAUGUUGACAUGAAAAGAAAAUUAAUGUUUGUGUAAAUCACAGAACAAAAACUUCUUAAUUGGUUCUAAAUAUGUUUUCCUAUAUAGAAAAAAGAAGCGAUUAAUUUUA